AUGACCAUGUACAGAACAGUAUUCAGACCCAUAUUGAUAUUUGGAAGUGAGAGCUGGGUAUUAACGAACAGGCAAAAAAGCAAGUUACAGGCUAUUGAUAUGAAAGGGCAGCCAAAGGAGCCACUAGGAAAGACAAAAUUAGAAACGAAGUUAUUAGAGAAGAGCUGGGAGUGGAAUCUGUACUACAAAGGAUUGAAGAAAACCAAUUAA